UAAAAAUGAACAGCUGUUAGCUUUGUUUGUUUUUAUCGAAUUUUACUUUUCAUAAAAGUCAAAAAAAUGCCUUUUGUUAUAAAAAAUCUGGAAAAGGCCCAUUUGGCACCCUUAAGGAUAUGUGAAACACAAGAUGUCAUAGCCUUGUGUAAAAUUGCUUUCGACUAUCUUUCAAAUGGACCCGUUCCUCAGGAGACAUUUUAUCAAGCUUUGUCGGCAAAGUAUAAUCAGCAAAUUCAAUCGCAUGAAGUUCAGCAAAUAGUUGAGGCUUUAAUCUCCAUUCUAAUUGAGGCGACAAAAAGUAAUACGGAUAUAAAUGGUGUUAAGGAGCCUCUAAUGAAGUUGGAAGGAUUCAAAGAAGAUGUUACUGAUAUUUUAGCACAGUUUGUAACGAGCAAAAAAAAAUUCAUAGAAGGCUCUAUAAAAACUGCUAACAUAAGGGCUUAUCGUUUAGUUAACAUGGAAUGGAGAUUAGAAGUUCGCUUGGCUUCCAGAGCCCUAAUGAAACAAAGCCAAGUUUUUGUUACCAUGAAAUUAUAUUUACACACUGAGCCUAAAAAUGAAAAUCGUGAUUUGUUGGAGGACUUGCCCGAUAGAGCGGUAGAAAUCCACGAUGAUGAAAGAAGAAAUCGAAAAGAUUUGCUGGUGCAGACUGACUUGAACUCUUUGAAAUACAUGAUUCAAUCACUGGAAGAAGCUCUUAUGGAAUCUAGAUCACGGCGCAUACGGAAUAUAGUAGCAGCAAUACAUUAAACUUACACAAUUUUAAAUACAAAUAAAAUACAUUUUAUUUACUCUACUCUUA